AUGGCGUGUUCGUCGUCGUUGCUGAUGUUCAAGUUGGAAAAUGUGGAAUCAAGGAAUCCUUUGGAGUGUCUCAUAUGCGACCGGGAAUUCUCUUCACCUAUUCGUUUGCCUUGUCAACACAGUUAUUGCCGCGAUUGCAUUCAGGAUUAUAAAACUUGUCCAGUUUGUAACGCCGCAAUUGAUGGCGAAAUAUGUCCGGAUAAUUUGCUCUCAUUUCUAAUUGAUACCAGUCAUGAAACAGCUGAUGUUUGUGCCAACUGUGAUCAAAUAUCUCAGCCGAUGCAUUUCUGUGAAACGUGUCAGCAAGCUCUGUGUAAUCAGUGUCGGCAUAACACACAUCAGGCUAAGAUGUUUUCGGCUCAUCGAGUUGUACCACUAGAAGAGCGAGCGCGAGUCAAAGGGCGUAUGAGUUGUCCAGCACAUGGAGAGCCUUAUAUACUUUAUUCAAUGGAGAAUCGUAGCCUUGCUUGCAUUGUGUGCUUUAAUAAUGCUGCUUUUGAUUCGAGACAUCACCUUGUUCAAAUCGACGCUGCCCAUAAAAUGGGAUGUGAGAAAUUGGAUAAAGCAACUGUCAAAUUACGCUCAUUUCAAGACGAUGUUCGAGAGCAAUUGCAACUAAGAAAACGGUUGGCUUCCGAACUUGCUGAAAGUCAUCGUGUGGCUUGUGAUAGUAUUCGACAAACGUGCCAGGAAAUGACUGACACGCUAUUGACAGUUCGAGAUCGACUGUUGAAAAAACUUGAUGAAGAAAUGUCUACACGAAUUAAGCAUUUCCAUAAGCAGAUGAGACAACUUGCUUCUCUGCAGCCUACAACACGACUUUACCUCCUGAGUGCUUCAAUUUUUUGCUCAUCUGCUUCGAAACUUGACUUUUUGCAGUCUUACACAGAUUUGUUAAAGAGAAUACAGAAUUUAAUGGCAAUGCAAUGCGAUAAGCCGCAGUUUACCGGAGAUUUAGCAGUGGAUAGUCGUGAAGAAUUUAGCAAAGCUUUGGAGCCAUUUCUAGGGCUGUCCUCUCUCUUGUUAUGCACUAGAAGAAGCAAUAAUAAUGAGGCAGACAGAAAUUGUGGUACAGCAUCACCUCGAAAUGGUUUUGUUCGGCAUUCAGGGUCUAGUUAUGUCAAUGGAUGCCAGUUGUUAUUGAGUAAAUAUCAGUUGGUAGUGGACCUCAACGGUGCUUUUGGUGAGCAGUUUAGUCGAGUUGAAACCCCUCUUCAAUUACAUAAGUGCGAAAUGGCUAAACUUGGAAAAAAGGUGCAAGAGCUACAACGAGAUUUGACUCUACGAAGAUGUAUUGUUGGAAAAGAUUCUGUUAAUGAUCUUAUUUGGAGGUGUGAAGAUUUAGAUAUUAGGGCUGGUCAACAUUCUGCAAUGGUGAGUGAUCUGCAAUCUCAGUUGCAACAAAUCUGGCAAGAACAGUUGGAUAGAGUUCGUAGACAGCAAGCAUUGUUUAGAGAAAAGAUCGAAGAAAUGAUAACACUAAGAGAAAAUGCCCAUCAUGUUUUGAAUGCUGCAAAGCAGCUUGAACCAUACGCUGCUUGUUUAGCUGCAGUAACGUCCGUGAUUGAUCACAAACGCUGUCACAAGCCAGAUCCAGCGCCAAUGGAGACUAUAUGUCAACAAAUUAAUACUAUCGAACCUGAUAGUCAGCAGAGGAUUGAGGCGAUAGAAAAAGAAGAGCACAAUCGUCGUUUGGUGCAAGAUCAGAAGAAACUUGAAGAGCAGAUGGAAAUUGCGGCUGUCAAGAAAAGUUUAAAAACUACUAAAGAGCUAAAGAAAUUGAGGCGGAAAGUUGUUGGUGGCAGUUUCCACUCAUCACGUCUACCUUUGGUGAAUACAACUCGUGAUCGGAGUCGUGGUGGCACAGAUCGAGCUUUGUUCUCACCUUGUCGACGUCGCCACAAAGGGUUGCUUUUUCUUUUAAUGUCUUUUACCAUAUCGUUUCCUUUUUCUUUGGUUGUUGAAAAGAGAAUAGAUUUUUCGAGGAGCCAGUCAGACGUGGAUGAGAUGGAAAACUCAUUGGACGACUCUUUUGAAUUUGUGGCUAAAUCUCCAGCUGCUGAAGUGGAGCUUACGAAAGUAGAGCAACAGUUUUGCCGUUCAGUUCCAUUUCGACUUUCAUCGUCUUUACCUGUUGUAUUUAAUUGCAAAGAUACUUUCCCAUCAGCAAGUAGUUCAUCGCCUGAUGAUAAUCAUAUUUUGAUUACAGUUGACGAUACGCAAGUGGACAGAGAUUGCAAGGAUGAAAAAAUCAUAUUGAGCUCUAAAAUCCCUCAAGUCCCAUUUGUUCCAAAAGCAAUCUUUGCUAAUUUGAAUGGCUCAAGUAGCACUCUUGGUACAUACGAAGUGCGUGAAAAGGUUCUAGAAAGCUUAAAACAAAGAAUUCCAGUCGUUGAUCCAGAUACUCUUCCAUGA